AAAUAACCAACGGCUCCUCCAAUUUUUCAAUUUGAAAGUUUUUACAUUUCACUUUCACUUUCUCAUUCUCAGCGAUUCGUGUUUUCCAAUAACCACUGAUUUUCAUCCUCAACAACAACACAAUGUCUCUCCCUCCCGAAAUCGACGAUUUCAUCAAACAAACCAUCGAUCACUCUUUAGGGCUUCCGAUAUCUUCCCAAACCCUCGACAUCAAGCUUCGCGCCGCCAAAGAAUCAGAUCAGUUGCUGCGCAAACAGAACGCUUCACUCCUCAACAAAUUGAAAGAAAAAGACCAACUCAUAGAACAAGCCAAGUAUGAAGCGUGUUUGAGUGCUCAAGCGAUAAAGAAAUUCGUUGAGGAGAAUCAGAAAUUGGCGGUGGAGUGUGAGAAUCUUGUGGCGCAUUGUCAAAAACUGGAGAAGGAAUUUGUGCUGUAUGAGAAGGAUAGGGAAGCAUUGAUUGAUUUUCAGAAUGAAGCCGAGGAACGGGCGAGGGAGGCUUGGUUGCGAGUUGAAGAGUUGGAACGUGAUUUGAUCGUUUAUGAGAUGAAGAUGAAAGAAUGCCAGCAAGAGAAUGAAUCGGUUGAUUCUUCAUCGACAAGCACGCCGGAGGAGGAGAGUUUGCUAGACUCCCUUCUGGCAACAGUUACUGCUAAAGAUGACUCUUCUACAUACGAGUUCUUAAACGCAAAUAGUGAAAAUGAGCAUUGUAAAAAGUUGCUGUCAAUGUGGAGCAGAUUAAAACAAUCAACUCAGAGAGUUUUGUCUCUUGUCGCUGAACUGAUGUCUCUAGAAAAGGAUAAAGAGCAUCUAAGGAUUAACCUUGACAGAGCUGAAGAGGAGGGAAAAUUACUAUUUGUUGAAAAUGGGAUAUUGGAAAAGGAGAACAAAAGGCUGUUGAUGAAACUUUCCCAUAGUGCAUCUGCCAAGUCAAGCAAAAGAAAGUCAAGUCCCAAAACAAGUAGCCCGAUGAGGAAGAAGAUUGAUUUCGAUGAUUUAGAUUCUGUUUCUUCUCGACAACCAUUGUCGCCCUUGCAAUGUAACUCUUCGGACUGUGUCACCAAUUGAUUUGACUUUUACAGUCAAGCAAAAGAAAGUCAAGUCCCAAAACAAGUAGCCCGAUGAGGAAGAAGAUUGAUUUCGAUGAUUUAGAUUCUGUUUCUUCUCGACAACCAUUGUCGCCCUUGCAAUGUAACUCUUCGGACUGUGUCACCGCUGUCUAGAUUCAACUUCCCCGAAAUAGACAACAAUUUGGAUGGUUGAUUUGGUGAUCUUUCAUAGUGAUCUAUUGAUCUCUUUACAAAGAUAACAGAAAAAAUGUUUUUGAUGACUUUAUGUACCACUUAUUUCUUGAUAGUGUGUGUAUGUAUCGUUUGACACAGUUAACAUUUUCUUUAUGUGCCUGAAAAAUCUCGAUGUUGUUUGUGCA